AUGACAGGCAAGCAAGAGCUAUCUAAACUUUUCGAAGAACUUAAACGCGAGUUGAAGAAUGAAUUUAGAGAACUGCGCGAAUGCCUGGAAAGAGACUUAAGGAAAGAAAUUAGAGAAAUGAAGGGAUUCUUGGAAUUUGCGAACAAGAACUAUGAGGAAAUGAAAACAUCUGUGAGUGAGCUGAAAAAUGAAAACUCUGAUAUAAGGAACACAGUCGAGGGUCUGGAAAAGGACCGAGCUGCCCUGCUCGCAAAACUCAAGGAUCAUGAAGUAAGGCUCAUGCAAAAUGACCAGCAUACCAGGGGUUUCAACAUAGAAAUCAAAGGUGUACCAACGAAGCCAAAAGAAAACACCCUGGAUAUAACCAGAAAACUUGCAGGUGCGCUUGAUGUACCUUUCGAAGAUUCUGAUGCUCAAGUUUGCCACCGAAUUAGGACAAGCGGUAACGCUAAUUGCCCUAAUAUUGUGGUGCAGUUCAGACACAGGGCCAAGCGCGAUUCUUUCCUAGAGAAAGCAAGGAAAAAACAGCUGACAACAGAAGAUAUUCAGCUGGAGCCCAGCACUCCGAUUUAUAUCAAUAAACACUUAUCUCCUCCCAUGAAACGCUUGUUUGUAGCGCUGAACAGCAAAAAGAAAGAACUCGGCUGGAAAUAUGCCUGGUAUCGCAAUGGCAAGAUUUUCGCCCGGAAAUCAGACGGCAGCCCCAUUGUCGCCAUUUGCCAUCUUGAUGACUUGCAGAAGAUGGCGUAG